GCAAAGACAGGAGGCUAAAGCCUUGCAUGCAAGGGCAGACAAGAUGCGCUUCACCCCUGUUUCUCCAGGAUCCGGUUCUAUGUGUCCAUCCGUGAUUCUGCCGGGGAGAGACGGUACCAGUCUGGAACGGGAAGCAAUCUGAGAAAACAUUCACAGGAGAAUCCCAAGGGGGGCGGUGGAGGUGGUGGCAGUGGAUGAGUGGGUUUCAGAAAUCCAUAGAGGUGGCUGCUGUUGGAAAUCUGUUUCUCGGAUUUGCACUCGGAGAAAGGAGAUACUGUUUCCUUGCUUUUCAUGUUUUAAAGAAAAGCUUUUUUUUUUGUUUUCCUUCGCUACCCCCCUUCUUAUGUAUUUCUUGGCACUGCAGUAACUGGCAAGGGAACAGCUGAAUAGAAAGAGGCUGGCACUGCCUGGAGUUAUGCCAAGGCAGAUUGGGAGAGAUGCCCACUGCGGAGGACCUCACAUUAUCAUUCUUUUUGUUUCUAGCUAAACAUGCAGUGAAUGGCAAUACCAUGGUAGAGCCUUUUCCAGAAGGAAUGGAAAAGGUUAUUUUUGGGAUGGGCUGCUUCUGGGGAGCGGAGCAGCGCUUCUGGAGGAAGUCAGGAGUUUUCUCCACGCAGGUUGGAUAUGCUGGCGGCUGCACACCAAACCCUAACUACCAGGAAGUCUGUUCAGGUAUGACAGGACACACAGAAGUGGUGCGAGUGGUCUAUGACCCGCAGGCAGUCAGCUACAAGGAGCUCCUGAAAAUAUUCUGGGAGAGUCACAACCCUACACAAGGUGUGAGGCAGGGUAAUGACGUGGGGACGCAGUAUCGCUCCGCUCUCUACACCUACACACCCCAACAGAUGGAGCUGGCAUUACAGACCAAAGAGGCGUAUCAGCAGGAGUUGACCAAAAAGGGUGUUGGUGUCAUCAGCACUGAAAUUCGCGAGGCUCCGGAGUUUUACUAUGCAGAGGAUUACCACCAGCAGUACCUCCAUAAGGUUCCCAAUGGCUACUGCGGACUGAAAGGCACAGGGGUCAGCUGUCCGAUGGGACUGGGCAAAAAAGUAACUGUAAAGUUCUUUUAAGCAGUACAUCCCCAUGCUCAGAGAUGAAAAGCCCAGUUGCACAGGUAGCAACAUGCUCAGAUAGGGUGGAUACUUAAACACUUCUUCACUCAGGUCAUUCUGCAACCUUCUACAGUUCAAUGAGACAUGCUUACAUACAGAGACACUAGCUCUGAUGCUUGUUUCAAAGAGGAUUCUGUCUGUGUGCGUCUGUAUAUAUAUUUGGGUUGUUUAGAAAACCUAAAUGUUUCACAUUUGAAAAAUAGAUCUGUAAAGAUAAUUUUAAGGAGCAUUUUGUAUUUAUUUUUUUAAUCAAACCCUCUUAAAACCUGACCAAAAUAUCAGAACAGCAUGCUCAUUAAGAAUGGAUUGAAUGAAUAUAUAUGAAUGGAAUGAAUAUAUAUAUAUAUAUAUAUAUAUAUAUAUAUAUAUAUAUAUAAUGUAUAUUUUUUUAAGGAUGCAAGCUUGCUGCUAGGGCCACACUCUGUCACUUCGUAUAAUUAUUGUUUAUCUUUCUGUGUCUCAAAAGUUCUCCUAAAAUGUUUUUCAAGAGAGCCUUAUAAGACAACUCAAGGUGAAACAACAGCUACUUUCCUAGAGAACGAUCCUUUCUCGUUGCUUGUGGAGCCAAAAAAGCCACCGCUUUCCAUCAUGCAGUGCAGCACCGUAUCCUCUUGAAUCACAAGCUUCAAAUUCAUAGAAUUAGUUUUUCCGCGCCUUUUUUUCACAUUUAUGUUGAUUAAGUGAAGUUACGGAAGUGUAGAGAACAACAGCUAUUUGAUUUGAAUCGCUGAUGUAUUCGAUCUGUACAGAUCCAGUAGAUCACAUGUUUUGAGAUGCCUUGGAAAUAUAUUGUAUUUAGGGAGUCAAUGCUUGGAUAUGUGUUGCCUUAAAUAAAAAGUCUUCCUUGCAAACAGA